CUACGACCACAGCUUCAUGAAAUUCACGAAGCCGUCAGGGUAAAGCCUGGUUUCGUUGUAAGGCAACCAGCUAGCCUGUUUCAAGGUCUUAGGUAGUCGGAACGAGCAAAAAAGAAAGCGAGCGUAGAAAAAGAAAAGACAGAGGACUGGGAAGGAAGGUGGAAUGGAGAGGGCUUUUCCACCGCUUUUCCGCUCUGUCUCCUCCCAGUCCUUGUCUGUUGUGUCCAGGCAAUUAUGAUUUCUUUUGCCAAGGCCCUUUACGAGGUUUUCCCAGGCCUUCUCGGUCAAUUCACUUUGGUGACGUCACCGAGGAAAACGGGUGGACCACGUGACACGAAACGUAUUGGCCGCGCGGAAUAAUGAGGCUUAGGGGACCAGGUAAUGACUUCCCCAAAUUGUCCUGAUUACUCACCAAAACGUCAGAAUUAUAUACAUAUGAUCGUCGCGUUCGCCUGGAAAACAGCUUGAGGCGGAGCAGACGAUGAAAUGGAAACUACGCUUUAGGUUUUGGUAUAUUUAAGCAAACAGGACUCGUGGAAGUCCUAAAAAUGGAUCCACAUUGUACGAGCUCUGAACACAGAAAACAUCAGUUAAAUGAUUAUGCUGCAGACUGAACCUUAACCCAUAAAUUAGUUCAUCUUUCGCUUUAAAAGGACACUGACGUUGUCGUCAAGAGCAAUAUCAAUGAAAACCAAAACAGAUUUAUUGUAUCAGUGGCGACAAAAAAUGUUCUAGUUUUUUCUUUUAAGAAAUACUCUAUGCACGCACUAAAACUAUUUACCGUCGUCUCUUACCGCGGAUGCUGAUUUGGAAGUGAAUCACAACUUGAAUAAUAAACCUGACCUUUUUAACUAGUUUUAUUGAGUAUUGGAUAAUAUUCGAUAUUUUUCCUUUUAAAAAUUCUCGUGAAAAUCGUACAAACACGUCCCUUGAUCGUACAUUAUUGACCUUUCUUUUCUUUCUUUUUCAACUUGAAAUCAUUUUUUUUUAUUUUCUUCUCUCGAAGAUAUUAGCGUAUUAUUCAAGAUGAUACAAAUCUAAGAUUAUGUUGUUUAAAUUCUUUCUCCAUAUAGUCUUUUGGAGACUCCGAUAUUACUGCGCUUGUCAAAAACACACGAACUCUGAAGUUCAAAAGUCGCCUUCACAACUGGGUGUUCUUCACUGCCGUCAAUCAUAAUUAGGAUCAGAAGCAACGAACCUUGAAACACACAAACACACAAAAUGGAUCGAAAUCCACCAAUCACAAAUCACAAACCAUGACCUUUUAAAUCCGUUGAAGUAAACUUCUGUUUCCUAAGAGAUCCGCUAAGAUGAUUGACGGCAGCGAAAAAUGCAAACGUCAGUUGGCUUUUGAACCUCAGGAUUCGCGUGUUUAUGAAAAGCGCAGUAAGAACUUGGAGUUCUUCUCCAUGCUUACGCAAAGAUGAUUAAGGCUGGAAAAUGAUGACUAUCUGAAACAUUUUUUGAUUAUUGCACCAGGUUCAAAAGGAACAAUAUCUUAACUACAGAAGAGCUUAUUUCAAGGACACCACAGAUGUAUUUUCAAGCGUCUUAAAGGACCUAUCGAAGACAAGUAAGCAUAUUGUCCAUGUUGUAGUUUAAUUUUAUCCUUGCUUUGAAAUUCAUUUGACUUCUUACGUGCCUUAUUUUUGGCUAUAUCAGAGAUCAGAAUGUCCAUUUAUCACUUCAGACGAUUUUAAAUUUUAUUAUUUAAGGCACGGACUCGCUUCUAAAUUUUUCUACGAUUGACGCUUUAACUUUCCUCUUAUCCUUUUUGUUACUUAGGUGCAGAAUUUAGCCUUGGUCCCAAUCCUUUUCGUGUAUUAUCCAAUAAUUCAGCGUCUGCUUCGUCAACCGCCACAAAUAUAUCAGGUAUUGAAUUUACUGGAUACUUGGUGCGUGUGUUCUAUUGAAAGCGGCUUACAGCAUGUUGUAACAAUAAUGGCAAUAUCAUGAUUGCUUUUUACCUGUAAUUGCCUGCAAGGGUUUUUCCACCGCGUCCAAAGUUCUUUUGCCCUCCAUGGUAGAUUUUGAUCAAUUAAGGUUUCUGGGAAACUGUCGACCUACCCCUCCCUUAAGCUAACAUUAACACUUACUUCUCAUCAAGGGCAAAAUGAUGGCUUAGGGUGAGGUAGGUGGACAGUUUAUCAGAAACGUAAAUCGAUCUGUAGAUUUCAUGACCCAUUACCCCUCUCUGCUCACCCAGUGAGCUUCAAGAAUUUCGCAAAAGGCACCAUGUUUGAACAUUAAAACCCAGUAUACUGGGACAUCUUGCAGAAAUGCCAAGAAGAGUUCGAAGGUGAUUUCCACCAAUUUACAAAAAUUGCGGGGUGGGAAGGGGGGGGGAGGUCGCCAGUUUACUAAUAUUGCUUUGCAUUUCCCAACGCUUUUGAACUCCAUUGUACAUCUACAUCAUAACUUAGCAAAGGCUGUUUAUCACGCCGAGAACUAUAUAAAUCUUGUGGAAUUGCUUAUAAGUGAUAAAGCCGACUUGAUAACAAUUUUGGUACAUUUUUUGUUACCCUAGGGAUUGGCAGUUUUCAGACAAACCCUGCCGGUUGAACAGGUUCUUUGGGGGCAGCAGGAACAUCGUCUCUGGGAAAUCCAUUUGGCACCAGCACAGGACUCGGCAGUACCAGUCUAACAUCAGGCUCCACAUUUGGAACGCCUCUUGGUACCAACACUUUACGAGCCACGGGUCUCGGAGCGACCACUGGAUUUGGGACCCCAAGUCUUACGGGAGGAUUUGGCACCCCUGCCCUUGGGUCCUCCACAGGAGGAGCUUUUGGCUCUACUGGAGCAGGACUUGGGGGGACCGGUUUCGGCACCGGGACUUCAGCGUUUACUGCACAACCAAAGUUUCAGCUUCAAAGGCCACCGGCUGGUAACAAGCGAGGCAAAAGGAGAUGA